AUGCUGAAUUACCAUGCCAAGACAACAUUGUUGAGGCUAUGUAGGUUUGUUUCCGCAUAAUGUGUCAAAUUGUGGAUUCGUUUCUUUAACGGUGUAAUAGCAUAGGAUAUAGUAAGUAUAUAUAUUGAGCUAAAGAACCAAUAUCAGCUAUUGGAAGAUCAAUUAAUUUCAAAAGAAACUGAAGCAAGAAAAGACAUCCAAAAUUUAAUAACAAUAAAAAGAAUACGCGGAAGACUUAUAAGACACAUGCGAAGAGAUGUAAAAAUAAUUGGAGAAAUCUAAUUCAUAAAUAUUAGUAUUGAAAUGAUUAGUAUUACGGAAGCAAUUAUCAAAAGAGAUAGUUAGAAUGAAGAAAUAAAUCGGGAUUUCAAGUCAAGAGCGAUUAAAGACUGA